AUGGUCCAAAGUUACUUGAACACGCGGACGAAGUUGCUGGAGGAGGUAGGGUGAUGAACAUUGUAAUCUUGGACUGCAGCUGGUAGUCAUCAAACUCAAAGCUAACACACACGUGUUUAUUUGCGUGUUCUAGCAUAGAAAGUCAAACUCGUGUCAUGCGCUGAGGAGUUGCCGUACUACAUAAGAUUCCAACUGCUCCCUGUAUCACUGCAGUCCGAGUUUUUCAUGUGCAUAAGCAAUCGGCGCAGCGAACUACUACAAUUUUAUCACUGGGACUUACUUUCCAGAAAAAGGAAACAAUAGCGCCGUUGCCGGAGAAAUGAUACCUAAAAGCAACUUCCGCUUGCAGUUGCUUUCCGAGGACUUGGAGAGGGUGAAUGACGUGGUGGAAUUCGCCAAAGAGGUGGAGUGGAAAGAGUGGCACUCGCUCUUCACAAGGGUGAUGAAAAAAACCAAUCUGAUCCUGAUUGCCGACAACGAGGGCAACUACUGGUCCGAAGCGAAGGUGCUCGACUCCUUCAUCGGUGCUGAUGACCGGACGAAUUAUGCUGAUUCCGCGGAUGAAGCAGGGAAAGGCGC